AUGUACGAGAAUGUAGCAAAAUCAGAAUUCGUGAAUUACUUAUUGAAUAAGAAGCAUGGUAAGGAAUUAGUCAGUAAGCCAAUUCUGGAGAAACACGUAGAUAGAGAACACCUUGGAGAAAUAUUCUGUGGAUUCAAUUCAGAAUUCACAGGUGAAGAAUUGCACAAAUUCAUAAUCUCAGUACAGGAAUACUUGAUCAAAACUGAUUUGAAUGAUGUACAGAAAGAUCUGGUCUUUGGAAUUCUGUAUUCUUGUACAGGAUUCGUGAAGGAAGUCAAGAAGAAGGGUUUCAGGUACAAGGAAAUAUCCGAUUUCUAUAAAAUGCAGUUUGACGCCAAUAAGAAGUAUAUGAUGCAAUACAAUGCAAAGGACAAGGGUAAAAUAAGCAUAAGUGCACCAAAGAAUGUGGUAACGAGAUUUCCACCUGAGGCAUCUGGAUAUUUGCAUAUUGGUCACGUAAAGGCAGCAUUAUUGAACUACACAAUGGCACAUGAUGGAAAGAUGCUAUUGAGAUACGAUGAUACAAAUCCAGAGAAAGAGAAGAAAGAGUAUGAAAGGGCAAUUGUGGAAGAUCUGAAAUUAUUGGGUAUAAAAGAUUAUAAAAUGGUUAGAUCAUCCGACUGGUUUGAUAAAAUGUAUGAAUUAGCAAUACAAUUGAUUAAAGAUGGAUUGGCUUAUUGCGACGAUACGCCACAGGAGCAGAUGAGAGAGGAACGAAUGCAUGGGAUGGCAUCUAAGAACAGAAACAAGACACCAGAAGAAAACCUGGGUAUUUUCAUGGAAAUGAACAAGGGGAGUAAACCAGAUUUCUGUCUUAGGGCAAAAAUGGACUACGAAAACAAGAAUAAGGCAAUGCGAGAUCCAGUCAUUUACAGAUGGGUUGGUAGGACACAUAUCAAAACAGGGAACAAAUACAAGAUAUUUCCCACAUAUGACUUCGCUUGCCCAAUAAUAGAUUCACUUGAUGGAGUAACACUGACACUGCGUACUAAUGAGUAUAGAGACAGAAAUCCACAGUAUUAUUGGUUUAUUGAGAAGCUACAUCUGAAGAAUGUGCCAAAAAUACACGAUUUUAGCAGAAUGAAUUUUGAGAACACCGUGUUAUCAAAAAGGAAAAUCAGGUUCUAUGUGGAUGAAGGAUAUGUAUCAGGAUGGGAUGAUCCACGCGUAGCUACGCUCCGAGGAAUCAAACGAGCUGGACUGGACAUGAAUGUGUUGAAAGAGUACAUUUUGAAGCAAGGGGCAUCACAGAAGUCAUCGACAAUUUCAUGGGAUAAAUUGUGGGCAGCUAAUAAAAAGGCAGUUGAUAAAAUUGCAGCUCGUUACAUGGCUGUACCAGCCAAAGAUGUAGUCAAUGUCACUGUCUACAACAGCAAUCAUGAACAUAUUGCUGUAAAAUUGGAGAGUGUUCUGAAAUUCAACAAGAAUGAGCAACUUGGUAAAAAGACCCUUAGAAAAUCAAAUUUGAUUUUGAUGGCCCAGGAGGAUGCGAAACUGCUUGAAAUUGGAGAAGAAUUCACAUUUAUGCACUGGGGAAACAUGAUUGUGAAAGAAAUGGAGAAAGUAGGUGGUAUUGUAAAGAGAAUUGAGCUGAUAGAGAACCUGAAUGGAGAUUUCAAGACGACUAAGCACAAAUUGACAUGGAUCAGCAAGAAGGACGCCUUUAAAUUUGAUUUUGUUGAAUAUGGAAAUCUACAGAAUGAUAAGGAAACAGAAGACCUGGCUGAAAAAUUCAACAGCGAAUCCAAGAAAGUUGAGGAAUGGCUUGGUGAAUCAGAUUUGGAAUUCAUCAAAGCGGGUGAAUACAUUCAAAUAGAGCGAGUUGCAUUCCUGAUUUGUGAUGCUCCAGGUGUAUUCAAUAUGCUGCCGUUCACAAAACAGAAAAGAUCCUGA